GUACUCAGUGCGCAUGUGCAAGGCCGCCCCGAGGCCGGGACUCUGCACUUCCUGCUGCCGACAGCUCAGGCUUCAAUUAUUUUUUUUUUACUACUAGUAUUUCGCGGCCUGGACAGCUGGUGACUUAACGCGCAAAGUUGUAAGGAUGAGCAGCUGAGUUCGGACCGCAGCGAUACGUAUCCAAGUCUCGUUUUGUUUAUUUUUGUCUUUUCCUCGGUUUUGAUUUACCAUGUCCAGCGCCGGGUAUAACGCCCAAAAUGGGGGAUCGGGGCCGCCCUAUACUAAUGGUCCUGUUCAAAACCAGUUGAUUUAUGCACCCCAGUCAUCUGUUGGGCAAGGUUACGGAGCCCUGCUUCCCAGUGCCGAACAUGAACAAAUGUCUGCCAAGGUUCCUCAACAUGCAAGCCCUGGACUGUACAGUUACAGUAGUCCUCAGACUGUUCGGCCAUUGGUAAACUAUCAGGGAAGUGGGCAAGCUCUAAACAGACCACCUAUGGGAUCCACACCAGCAGUAUCUCUUCAUAAUACUGGCAAUGUCCCCAGAAUGCCCCCACCUCCUCCUCAGAACUCUACUGGUAUGCCAGCAACCAUUAGCGGAAAUGUUCCCAGAAUGAACCCGUCUCAAAACUGGCAGUAUUUUCCAACAUCAUUGAGCCAUGCACAGCCUCAAGCUUUGGGAAAUCACGUACCCGCAACAGCAGGGACGAUAUCAGGACAUCCGUCAUCACAAGUGAAUUCGCAGCCACCAACUACUCAGCAGUAUGGUGGCCCUCCUCUUCAGAACAGUUUUAUGAGCCCAGGUAUUACUCCACCACCGAUGAAUCAUUCUCAGCCUGUUCGACCACCACUGGGACCUCCUCCGGUUUCAUCGUCUUCUGCAGUUAGACCUCCCACACAGCCACCCCCUCGCCUACUUGCCCCUGGACCACCACCGCCACUACAAAGCGGUCCUCCUAAACAGGAUGGUUAUUCUGCUCCUCCUGCAAGCGACAGUAGUUCAGUUCAGAACAGUUACGACACUAUAGAAGGUGGCGGAAGCAUGGGAAUGGUGCAUCCGGCUCAACCACCGCCAUCUCAGAAUCCUAUGACCAGGAAUGUUGGCAACGCAUACCCAUCGCUGCCUCCUGGCUACCAGAAUGUAUUUUCGGCUGGAGGCCCAGGUCCACAGCAAUUUCCCAGCAAACCCCAGCAGAUGCCUCAGCCUCCGAUGGGAGUUAAUCAUUUGGCAUCAGCUGUUGGUGGCUUAAGCCUUCAUCAAGCUCGGCAACUGGACGAGCUGAGACCUGUGAAUCUUCUUCAGGAGAGGAAUAUCUUACCGCCGACCCCUCUGCAAGCACCCACUCCGUGUCUCCAGGAGGACCUACAGAAACUGAACUGCAGCCCUGAGUUGUUUCGUUGCACCUUGACAAACAUCCCACAGACACAGGCGCUGUUAAAUAAAGCCAAACUCCCGCUGGGACUACUGCUACAUCCAUUCAAAGAUCUCUCGCAAUUACCUGUUGUCACUUCAAGUACAAUAGUCAGAUGUCGCUCCUGUCGGACAUACAUUAACCCCUUUGUCAGCUUUUUGGACCAAAGGAGAUGGAAGUGCAACUUAUGUUACAGAGUAAAUGAUGUUCCUGAAGAGUUUUUGUAUAAUCCCGUAACCAGAGUUUAUGGAGAGCCUCACAAAAGGCCUGAGGUUCAGAAUGCAACAAUAGAAUUCAUGGCUCCUUCAGAAUACAUGCUGCGUCCCCCUCAGCCUCCAGUGUACCUUUUUAUGUUUGAUGUGUCCCACAAUGCGAUAGAGACUGGCUACCUGGGCACGGUUUGUCAGACCAUACUCGACAAUCUAGACUGCCUUCCUGGGAACACAAGAACAAAAAUAGGAUUUAUUACAUUUGACAGCACCAUCCAUUUCUAUAGUUUGCAAGAAGGAAUGUCACAGCCUCAGAUGUUAGUGAUAUCAGACAUCGAAGAUGUGUUCAUCCCCAUGCCUGAAAAUCUGUUGGUUAAUUUAAACGAGACCAAAGAGUUGGUACAGGACUUGCUGAAGAAUUUGCCACACAUGUUCACAAAGUCAUCAGAAACCCAAAGUGCUCUGGGACCUGCGCUGCAGGCUGCAUACAAACUGACUUCAGCCACAGGCGGACGUGUAACGGUCUUCCAAACCCAACUUCCAUCGCUGGGAGCCGGAGCAUUGAAACCAAGAGAAGAACCAAACCAGAAAUCCACUGCAAAGGAGAUACAUAAUCUGACACCAGCAACUGACUUCUACAAGAAGUUGGCUUUGGAUUGCUCGGGGCAGCAGAUUGCUGUUGAUUUGUUCCUCUUAAGCGGACGAUAUUCUGAUUUGGCUUCAUUGGGGUGCAUUUCUAGAUAUUCCGCUGGAAGUGUGUUUUACUAUCGUGCCUAUCACCACCAACGCAACGCUGCACAAGUGGAGAAACUACAGAAGGAGCUGAGGCGCUACCUCACCAGGAAGAUUGGCUUUGAGGCAGUCAUGAGAAUCAGAUGUACUAAAGGUCUUUCCAUCCACACCUUCCACGGAAACUUCUUUGUCCGGUCCACAGAUUUGCUGUCUCUUCCAAACAUUAAUCCUGAUGCGGGAUAUGCGGUGCAGAUGUCCGUGGAGGAGAACUUGUCAGACACAUCUGUGGUCUCUUUCCAGUCGGCGCUCCUGUACACUUCCAGCAAAGGAGAGAGGCGGAUUCGCGUGCACACCAUGUGCCUACCUGUUGCUUCAGCUCUGUCCGAUAUCUAUGCCGGGGCUGAUGUGCAAGCAAUUACGGCACUUCUGGCAAAUAUGGCUGUUGAUCGUUCUAUUUCAUCGAGCCUGAGCGACGCUCGGGAUGCUUUAGUGAACGCCGCGAUCGAUUCGCUGAGUGCUUACCGGUCGUCUGUGUUAACGGUUCAGCAGCCAGGACUCGCUGCCCCGCUGUCUUUGCGUCUCUUCCCUAUGUUUGUAUUGGCUCUCUUGAAACAGAAGGCAUUCCAGACUGGGACAAGUGCAAGUUUGGAUGAGAGAAUCUACGCCAUGUGUCAGAUUAAAAACCAGCCGCUGGCGUACCUAAUGCUUAUGACGCACCCAAGCUUAUACAGAGUCGACAAUCUGACAGAUGAGGGAGCUCUUAACAUCAAUGACAGAACCAUACCUCAGCCACCAAUUCUCCAGCUGUCUGUCGAGAAACUGAGCAGAGAAGGAGCUUAUCUCAUGGAUGCUGGAACGGUGCUGUUGCUGUGGGUCGGACGCAACUGUAGCCAGACCUUCUUCUCCCAGGUUCUUGGUGUCCCUAAUUAUGCCUCAAUGACCCAAGAAAUGAAUCGGCUCCCUGAACUAGAUACAGCGGAAUCUUCCAGACUGGUAGCGUUUAUCUCUUGGCUCAGAGAGCAAAGACCUUUCUUCCCGACAUUACACAUAAUCCGUGAUGAAAGCCCACUAAAGACCAUGUUCCUCCAGAACAUGAUUGAAGAUCGAACAGAGUCCGCCUUAUCGUACUACGAGUUUCUCCUUCACCUCCAGCAGCAAGUGAACAAAUAAAGCGCCGCUCACAGUGAAUUGCAAGAGGACACCUCUCCGAGUGUAACCCACUGCAUAGCCAGCCUGUCGCCUUGUCAGCAUCGCUACGUCUAUGGGCAUCGUGACAUGAGAUGUGCGUACACUGUGAUUUAAACAAAAAAUAGUCUAACGAGACAACUUUGGGGACUGGAAUGUGACGGCACACACAUUGCAAUUUUAAAUGGGAUUUACGGCAAAAUAAACACGAAACCUCAUGCCACUUUAUGUCCAUCUGAAAAUCUAUCAUCAUCCCUUAUGAAUACCGGUUGGGUGUUGGCACCCCGCAAUAUUCAGGAGGUGAAAAGACUUUUUAAUGAAAUAAAGCCAGCUCUUGUAUAUUUUUUAUUUUCCUCCAUCAUGUUUACUAAUCCCCCCCCCCCAUUUGUCUUAAAUUCACAAAUGGUAGGGAGUUGCAAUGCUUCUCGAGUAACCGCUGGACAUUCGAGGUCUGUCCGUUCUAUAAGAUCUCCCGAUUCUUAGGACCAAGAUGAGUAAAUGACGGCUAGAGAUUUCACUGAAUAAACACUGGUGCAUCGGACUGUCUACGUAAUGUUUUUGUCUGAAGUAUAAACGUUUGUGCUUCCAGCAAGAACAGCGAUAAAGAUGGUUAUUAUAUAUCGUGUUUUAUCUAUCCGGGGUCGGUAGAAUUUUUUUUCCGCUAUGGGGAAAAAUGGGAAGUGUACGUCGUGUGCCACAGAAAGGGAAACAUCUGCUGUGCCUUUUUUUAAUCUACAUUUAUUCUGGAAACUAGUGUUUUAAUACAUGUAAUUUAAUAAAUGACUGCUAAUAAAACACUAGUUUUCAGAAUAGCAGUUGGUUUGGAUACGGAACAGGUCUUAAAACCGCCACCAUAUAGUUACCUUCCACCCUACCUCCAAAAAAAGAUAAGUAAAACUGACAUAGGGACUGUUUAUGAAUAAUUCAGAAUUCCAAAAUACAUUAUUUCCAUAAAUAAACUGUUAUUUGUGCUCUGAUUCUCUGUGGCAUCCACCUUUUAACUUUGCAUUGUAUUGAUCAGCUUCAUCAUGCUAAAAUGAAACAGACUCACUUGCUAUGCAUUGAGUCUUUCUGCCGUCCCUGUGUUUUGUUUUUUGUUUUUUUUUUUAUGGGCUGGCUAAUUUUUUUCUUUAUUAAUAUCUUUAAUUUAUUGUGAUGUGGACAGAUAAAACAAAAUGUGUGAUAACUUGAUUUUGCUUGUUUUAAUAAAAGGCACCUUUUAUUCUGGGA